CAUGCCACCAUAUAAAAGUGGGAUGGUGUAGUUCCUUUUGGUUAGUCGUUUCAACUUCCAAAGAUGGUUUGAAAUGUGAGAAAUUUUGUGUUCAUUUUAAGGUCUAUACCUGUGUAUAUAGUACACAUAUAACAAAAUAAGGAACAAACGACCUGACGUUGCUUUUCCCUAUGUUAAACGACGGCAAGAAGUGCAUAAUAAACGUUGAAAAAAAACGACGGAAAUUGAGUUCAAGAAUUUAUCAAAGUGUUUAGUUUGCGCAAAGAACGUGCUCAUUGUCUUAUACUGCAAUUUUAUUCUGUGCAUCGUCGUGAGGGUGGAAAUUUUUGAAUUGUUGUCAUUUGCACUACUGCAGUGAAAGCAGGAAUAGAGGACGGUUCAAUUAGCCUGAAACUUUAUAUUCUUGAAGAAAAUGAAGACGGCGUUCGUAAUUCUUUUCCUGUGCGGAUAUUUGCAUGAUGUCCUUGCAAAGACCCCAGCGCAAGCACUACUUGACAGUGUUGGCGAAGAAGAUAAGAACCUUUUCAUAAAGUACCAUCUCUCUUUGGCUAUAAAUAAGUAUGGUAACCGGUCGACGCCCAUUUGCCUUACAAAGGAUGCCAAAAUCCCAGAAUCGAAACAAAAACUAUUCAGAGCAAAGGGAAUACAAGCACCAAAGGAUUUCCACCAGAAUUUGUAUAAUUGGGUCCGUGCUGAUUUACAGGUACCAGAACCAAUGAUGGCUGAAGUGGUGACUAGUUCUGUUGUUUGUUUUCCUGACAUUAACUUAUGCUUCGAUCCCAAUGACAUUGGAAGUGUAUGUUGCCCAUUUUAAAGAGAAGCUUAGUCUCGCAUUGGGCAUAUUUUUGACGCCAAAUGAAUAUGAUAAAUAAAGAAAGAAAAAAAUAGGAAA